GAGAGACAGGGUGAUAUGGGUGGACAGAUGUACCGACAGACAGACAGGCAGUCAUCAACAGACACUCUGAGAGAAAGGUCGGGCGAUAUGGGCGGACAGACGUUCAGACAGUUAGACAGACAGGCAGGGACAGAAACUCUGAGAGAGAGACAGGGUGAUAUGGGUGGACAGAUGUACCGACAGACAGACAGGCAGUCAUCGACAGACACUCUGAGAGAAAGAUUGGGCGAUAUGAGUGGACAGACCUACAGGCAGACAGACAGACAGGCAGGGACAGAAACUCUGAGAGAGAGACAGGGUGAUAUGGGCGGACAGAUGUACCGACAGACAGACAGGCAGUCAUCAACAGACACUCUGAGAGAAAGACCAGGUGAUAUGAGUGGACAGACCUACAGGCAGACAGACAGACAGGCAGGGACAGACGCACAGAGAGAGAGACAGGGCCUGCAGAUGUACAGACAGACAUCAGCACCCGUGCAGAUGGACAGACAGACACAAGGGCCUGGCACUGUGGUGGAGAGACAGGCGCAGACCAGCACUCUCGCAGACAGACGCCUCUCACCGGACACAGAGACAGACAGACAGACAAGGCCACAGGGACAGACAGACAGACAGACAGGAGCCCAAACCUCGGAGGAGAAGUGGAGGUGUGGCAUUGGUGCAGAAGGCUCCGCCCCUUUUCCGGUGAAACCCGAUCCGCCUCCUCAGAGCACAAAGCCCAGUCUGGCCAAACUGAGACAGAGGCACCUGCAGGAGAGCACUGGUCAAGAGGAGGACAGACGACUGGAGAGAGAGAGGGAGGCAGGGAGGAAAGAAAGGAAAGAGAGAGGUGAAGAGGUAGACAAAGGACGAGAAACAGAAGGGCAACCUCCCCCUAUUCCUGAGAAGCAGGGUAGCACACAACCGAAGACGCCCACUCCUCUGACCUCUCCAAAUGAGGCAGCCAAUGAGAGGAAGGUCCCACCUCCUGUUCCACCUGCCUCCACCAAGCCUGCAUUGGCAUUGGUCGAUGGGGCUGUCUCUCAAGGUGAGGAGGGGGUUAGAUCUACAGUGCCCGUGAAACCACAGAGGAACAAGAAAUCGUUAUCCUGUGACACAGGCACCAGCAGGGACAACCCCGGUACCAUGGAGAAGCCCCCAAAUCGCAAACCCCCCGUGAAAAAACCCAGACUUCCCCAGAACAGAAACAAAUCCCUGGACUAUCCUGACGGCGGCACCACGGCGCCUGGCAACAGGGAGCCGUCGUGACGACAGCGGAACUCACCUGAGGGAAGCCCGG